GUUUAUUAAACAUGCCACAUAUUUACGUUAUCAUACACUUAUUUUGCAAUUUCUUUAAUUCUUUAAAAAGUAAACAAUCCUAGUCUGUUAUUAGGUAACAUUGUUUUAUAAAGGAGUUCUUAUGACUACGGUUCCCUUCUAUCAUGAGAUAGGAGAGUGGCAAAGGGUAUUAAACUUUCAAAAGAUUUAUUUUACGGACAGACCGCUAAACAAAUAUCCAUAUAGUACAUAGAAUAUAAAUCAUUUUCCCCUUUACAAUUAAAAAAUUGUGCCUUUUUCGUUAGUUACGUAUCUAUUUCAACUUUUGAACCCGUUAUGAUAAGUGGGAUUGCGACAUCAUUCGCAAUACCAAGCUAUUUCAUAGAAAGUUUCCACUAGAUUUAGGUAGGUAAUUAGGUACCUACCUACUUAAAUUUCAAUAUAUAAUUAUGUCGAUCAAACUAACUGGGCACGACAUAUGAAAAUAAUGUGAUCUGGCCAUGUGAUCUGACUUUCUUUGUGUUCAACACACUUCAUUCAGCACUAAAAAUCAUUGGAUCAUAUUCACAAACAGCGGUUUGGUUUCGACUGUAUUUUGUUGUAAGUAGUAGACAAGUAUUAUAAAGUACUAACAGCUUAUCCGUUAAUAAUUACUCUAUUUAAAAAAUGUCAUGAAGAAGUUAGCACGCGACAGCCGCUGCAGUUUGGUCCGUGACAACCUUUGCUCUUUUUAAGCACGCGAUUCUGAGCCAUCUAAGAAAAAAGUAAGAUACUGAAUAUCUAACAUAGAUUAUUCAAUGAAAUAAGUACAGAUGACUAAACACCUGAUGCUUUCAAAAUUAUUCUCAAUAUUUAUUGUACUAUAUAUUUUCAAUAUAUUAUGUAACUUGUUAGGUGACAUAGCAAAUGCUUUGUUGUAUCGUGCAUUAUUAUUUAUUGGCUGUUUACCCGCGGCUUCGUCAGCGUAGAAUAGUUACUUCUGACAGCAUAAUUAUAUUUUUUGUGAUUAAUGUGUUUAGGUACCCUUGCCAGAUUACUAAUUUCUAAGAUCAAUAUUUAUGUUCGAUUGCCAAUUAAGUCGCCUUUCAUCGUUUUUUUAACAUGAUUUUUAUACAAACUUUCGCUCCCAUCAUGAUAAGUAUGUAUAUUGGGGAUUGAUUAAAAAAUAGCCUAUGUGAACGGAGAUCUUAAACUACAUGCAUACCAAAUUUCAUCAAAAUCGGUCUAGCAGUUUAACCGUAAAAGCAGGACAGACUGACAGACAGUCUUUUUCAUGUAACUAUUAGUAUGAAGUAUGGAUUUAUUAAGCUGUUAUACAUGACAGUAAUUCUAGCCGUUGUUAUUCCAAAGCGGAAUCAUCUGAUAACUACUAAUCUUGCUUUAGUCACAAUGAUGAAAAUCAAAUUGCUUAUUUAAUAAUUGUAUUGAAGCUGAAGGCAAUCAUGCGAUGAUUGGAAUAAAGGGACUUUUAUCGAGAUGAGAAUUAUUGCUAUCAUUGAAUAUCGUCUAUUGGGAUUGUAAUGUCGUGUGAAAUAUUAGACGGUGCAAAUAAACCAUGGGUGGUUCCCGCAUCUUUACUGGCGCGAAACACUCAAAACACGAUCAGAAAUGUUGUUGAAAAAAUUAAAGUGAAACCGAAUCCUGACAAGCCAUCGAUUUCACUUUCUAUUGGUGAUCCGACUUUAUUCGGAAAUAUUCGGCCCCCACCCGAGCUUUUGAAAGCUGUCUAUGACUGUAUAGAGCUGGAUGGCUGCAGAAGUUAUGGGCCCACUGUAGGCCUACUUUCAGCGAGACAGGCCGUAGCUACACACUGUUCCUACCAAGGGAAAGUGUCUGCCGAAGACGUUGUACUUUGCAAUGGCUGUGCUCAUGCCCUUGAAAUGGCCAUCACUGUAUUGACUAACCCAGGUGAAAAUAUUUUGGUGCCAAGACCUGGAUACAUGAUAUACAAAACGAUAACGGAAGGGCUUGGCAUCAAUAUAAAAUAUUACGAUUUACUGCCUAACGACCACUGGAAAAUCAAUUUAGAUGAUUUAGAAAACAAAUUGGAUGCCAAAACUGCUGCAAUAAUUAUCCUCAACCCGUCUAACCCCUGCGGGUCAGUUUACACAGAGAAACAUCUUUGUGAUGUUCUAGACAUUGCUUCAAGGAAUCGAGUACCUAUCAUAGCUGACGAAAUUUACGAGUUUUUCACUUUCUCUGGGCACAAUUUCACAUCUAUUGCAAGUGUGUCAAAAGAUGUCCCUAUACUUGUUUGUAGUGGACUUUCCAAGAGAUAUCUCGUUCCUGGUUGGCGUAUGGGCUGGUUGGUAAUUCAUGAUAGAAAUGGAGUUUUCGGUGAUGACAUUCGUAUUGGUCUAUUUAACCUGAGUGGCCGAAUUUUGGGUCCAAACAGACUGAUACAACAAGCAUUGCCGAAAAUAUUGACGUCAGUACCGAGAGACUAUUUUAAUAAUAUGAUGUUAUUCAUUGAGAGCCAAGCGAAGCUAGCCUUCGGUAAACUGCAAUGCGCUCGUGGUCUCCGCCCAAUCAUGCCUCAAGGAGCUAUGUAUAUGAUGAUUGAAAUCGACAUGUCAAUAUUUCCACAAUUCCAUACUGAUACUGAGUUUGUAGAGGCUUUGUAUGGCGAACAAUCAGUUAUGUGCAUUCCAGGACAGUGCUUCUUCUAUCCCAAUUACAUUCGGAUUGUUCUGACUGUGCCCGACAACAUUCUUCAAGAAGCAUGUAGCAGAAUACAAGUGUUUUGCCAUGAUAAUGCAGAUGACAGCGCUCUCAAAACAAAGAAAUCGAUAAAUUAAAUAUGGUGAACUGUAAACCACGCCAGUCUACGUACAAAUAUUGUACGUAGACUAUCGAGGUCGACGAAAAAAGCUGUUUAGAUAGGGAAUAUCAGUUUGUCUUCAGAUAAUCAAUGAAUGCAGAGUAACCAUAGAUUUUGAAGGGCCGGCGCGUUUUAUGCGUGGAAACGCAUGCGCACUAUGGCGCAAAAACAUCGAGAAAUAUAUAAUAAUAAAAAUACGGUAUUUAUAUAAAAAUAAAAUAAAAAUAUGGGUCUUUU